AUGGACUCUCUCACCAACCUCGUCGCUGUUUUUGGAGCCACUCGUAACCAGGGAGGCUCCGUGGCUCGGUCUCUACUCCAGAACCCAUCAUUCCAGGUUCGUGCCAUCACCCGAAACCCUGGUUCCGACGCCAGUCAAUUGUUGGCCUCUCAAGGCGCCGAGGGUGUCAGGGGGGGGGCUUUUGUGAACCUCAACUCGGACGACAAGGUCUUCACGAACCCAGAUGGACCAACCGAGUUCGACCUGGGCAAGACGAUUAUUCACGCGGCAGCCCAGGCCGGUGUGCAACACCUUGUCUUCAGCACAGGUCCUCCAUGCACGGAGACGACGGGUGGUAAAGUAGACAUGAAGGCGAUGGAUAUGAAGUACAAGAUCGAGCAGUACGCCAAGCAACUGGAUUCUUUCCAAUCCAUCAUCCCCAUUGGCGCCGGAUGGUUCCUGGAGAAUUUUCUCGGUAAAGAAGUCGCACCCAUAUUUGGUGGAUUUCUCCACUUUCCUGAUGCUGAGGGACUCCGCCCUUUUCGCAUACCGUACUGGGGUGGCGAGGAAAACGUUCCCUGGUUGAGUAUAUCCGGUGACUUUGAGAUGGAAUGGCUACUUUGUGCAUGGGCUACAGGAUUACCGUCGCGAUUUCAACCCGUGCUACCAUCGUGGGAGGCCUUUGAGACACACGGAAUCCAUGAAUUGGAUGUAAAGCUCAUGUUUGGGCUCACUCAAAUCACAGGCGGGAAGUACUUUGCGGAGCCCACAGAGAAUCACACGGCUAGAGAAUUGAAGCGCGCGAUGGCGGUGGCACUGGGCCGGCUAGAGGACUAGCAGGAUCUGAUCAAGGCCCAGCAGUGGUUUGCUGCCCGGGGUUGGAAAUAGUUCAGUGAGGCUGUCAGAACUCCUUGAUACAGGGCAUCAAUACUAGAUAGAGUCAAUGCCGUAUGCCAAUGAAAACAAAUGCACACACCGAGAUGUCUCUCUUCCCCUGCAGAUCAUGUCACACCGAUCCCCCCC